AGUGUGCGCUUUAGUUGUCUGAAAGUGUUGCCUUAGCGAGACUGGCCAAUGGAACGACUGCAGGCAAUUUCAGCCGUAGCGGAUUGGAAUAUACUUCCACAAGUUUAUGGUGACCUUACAUUACAUUUGGCAGAGCAUCAAAAAUUCGCAAACGCUGUGUUUGAAGGGCACUGAAGAAUACUCCAGCUAGACACGGAUUUGAGUGCUCACUCCUCGGCUGUUGACUUUAUUUAAAAAAUAAGAUAAAAAACAGGACCAUGUCUGGGUUCGGUCGUUCUUUCAAUUUUCUCAGAAACACACUGAGACCUCAGAUCAUCUCCAAGGCUAAUAUUUCGGCGAAGCCAGCGAAGCAUGUUGUAACUACGGGCGAACAAGCAAUUGCAAUGGUCACCAUGUUUGUCACCAUCUUGGUGCCAUCGGGGUGGAUCCUCGCUCACUUGGAAGAAUACAAGAAGCAAUGAAGUGACCCAGAAUGACAGCUCACCAGGAGAGCCCCAGCCUAAUCCUCAAAUACACAGCUUCAGUGACCUUAUCGAAGAAAUGAAUGUACUGACACCAUGAAUGCUUUCAAAAGGUCCUUGAUUAAACUUAGAAAAGAAAAA